AUGUCUUACUGGCCAGUGCCACCAUUAGAAGGUGUGGCGAAUCACCGAUCCGUGGAGCUCCCCACGGAUGCGGACAUUGUGAUCGUCGGGUCGGGCAUGUCCGGGACCAGCAUCGCCUGGCAUCUUUUGAAGGAAAACACCACCACCGGCCCGCUCAGAGUAGCCAUGAUCGAAGCCCGGCAGGCCUGCUCGGGCGCGACGGGGCGGAAUGGAGGCCACAUUAGGCCGUAA